CAUAGAGACGGCUAACAGAUUGUGCUGGCAGUCUUCUAAUGGAGACACUCUCUCUGUUGACAGCCAAAGGCGCACUAGAAUGGAGGUCUUGAGGGAGAUGGUGGAGGAGGAGGAGGUGGCCGAGCGGGAGGAGGCGGCCGAGAGCAUCAAAUGGAAUGAGAAGGUGGAGAAAAUGGUGCGGCCAUUGGAGAUGCGGAAGGAGGAAACCACACUGACGCAGGAGACGCUCAGAGACCUGGAGAAGAAGCUGUCAGAGAUUGAGAUCCCCACCCCAGCAGAGCGCCUGGUCUUCACAACGGACACCAUUGACAUCUCCAACCUGCCCCUCUCCUACAAAACCAACACGCCCAAGGAGGAGCACCUGCUGCAGGUGGCGGGCAACUUCUCCCGCCAAUACAGCCACCUGUGCCCGGACCGCGUGCCCCUCUUCUUGAACCCGCUGAACGAGUGUGAAGUGCCGAAGUUCGUGAGCACGACCAUCCGGCCCACUCUGAUGCCCUACCCCGACCUCUACAACUGGGACAGCUGUGCCCAGUUUGUCUCCGACUUCCUCACCAUGGUGCCCCUGCCUGACCCCCUCAAGCCGCCCUCGUACCUGUUCUCGUCGACCACCGUGCUCAAGUACCAGAAGGGAAACUGCUUCGACUUCAGCACGCUGUUGUGCUCCAUGCUCAUCGGCGCCGGUUAUGAUGCCUACUGCGUCAACGGCUACGGCUCGCAGGACCUGUGCCUCAUGGACCUGACAUGGGAGGUGUGCCCGCUCACCGUGAAGCCCAAGGAGACCAUCAAGCAGAAGGAAAAGGCGCUGCCUAAGAAGUACACCAUCAAGCCCCCCCGGGACCUGAGCAGCAGGUUUGAGCAGGAGCAGGAGAUCACCAAGCAGCAGGAGAUGAGAGCCCAGGAGGAGCGGCGGCUGAGGGAGGAGGAGGAGCGCCUCCUGGAAGCGGAGAAGGCAAAGCCCGACCCCCUGCAUGGCCUGCGGGUGCACUGCUGGGUCCUUGUGCUGUUGGGGAAGCGCGAGGUGCCUGAGAGCUUCUUCAUUGACCCGUUCACAGCGCGCAGCUACAGCACCCAGGACGACCACUUCCUGGGCAUUGAGAGCCUCUGGAACCACAAGAACUACUGGAUCAACAUGCAGGACUGCUGGAACUGCUGCAAGGACUUGGUCUUUGACCUGGGAGACCCCAUGAGGUGGGAGUACAUGCUCUUGGGGACCGACAAGCCUUACCUGUCCUUGACUGAGGUGAACGAUGAGGAUGACGCGGAGAAUCUGGGCAAGGAGGACGAGGAUAAGAGCUUCGACAUGCCCUCAUCGUGGGUGGACCAGAUUGAGAUCUCCCCAGAAGCGUUCGAGACCCGCUGCCCCAAUGGGAAGAAAGUGAUUCAGUACAGGAGGGCGAAGCUGGAGAAGUGGGCACCAUACCUCAACGGCAACGGCCUGGUGGGCCGCCUCACCACCUAUGAGGAUCUGGAGUGCACCAAGAUCUUGGAGAUAAAAGAAUGGUACCAGAACCGGGAGGACAUGCUGGAGCUCAGGCAGAUCCAGAAGGGCACGGGUCUGAACACCGACUACUUCAAGCCAGGCCACCCCCAAGCUUUGCGUGUGCACUCCUACAAGUCCUUGCAACCUGAGAUGGACCGCACCAUGGAGUUUUACGAAACGGCCCGUGUGGAUGGCCUGAUAAAGCGGGAGGAGACUCCCAGGACCAUGACAGAGUAUUAUCAAGGACGCCCAGACUUCCUCUUCUACCGCCACGUCGACUUUGGGCCCAGGGUCAAGAAGGUUGCUCUGAGCAGUACAGAGUCAAACCCCCGGCCCCUGGUGAAAAUCACCGAGAGGUUCUCCCGCAACCUGGCGAAACCCGCAGAUGAGGAUGUGGCAGAGCGUGUGUUUCUGAUUGCGGAGGAGCGCAUCCAGCUGCGCUACCACUGCCGCGACGACCACAUCACCGCCUCCAAGCGCGAGUUCCUGCAGCGCAUGGAGGUGGACAGCAAGGGCAACAAAAUCAUCAUGACGCCCGACAUGUGCACCAGCUUCGAGGUGGAGCCCAUGGAGCACACCAAGAAGCUUCUCUACCAGUAUGAGACCAUGAUGCACCUGAAGGCUGAGGAGAAGCUGGCCAGACAUCAGGUCUGGGAGUCGGAGCAAGAGGUGCUGGAGACCCUGAAGCUUCGUGAGGAAGAGGAGGAAGCGCACACCUUGGCCAUCUCCAUCUACGACACCAAACGUAACGAGAAGAGCAAGGAGUAUCGGGAGGCCAUGGAGCGUGUGAUGCACGAGGAACACCUGAGGCAGAUGGAGGCGCAGCUGGACUACCUGGCCCCGUUUUUGGCCCAGCUCCCGCCAGGGGAGAAGCUGACGCGCUGGCAGGUGAUGCACCUCAAGGAUGAGUGCCUCAGUGACUUCAAGCAGCGGCUCAUCGACAAGGCCAACCACAUCCAGGCCCGCUUUGAGAAGGAGAUCCAGGAGCUGCAGAAGAAGCAGCAGUGGUACCAGGAGAACCAGGUGGCCCUGACAGCUGAGGACGAAAGCAUGUACCUGAGUUACUGCUCGCAAACCAUGUUCCGCAUCCGCAUCCUGGAGCAGAGGCUCAACAGGCACAAGGAGCUGGCCCGGCUCAAGUACCUGGCUCUGGAAGAGAAGCUCUACAAGCACCCCCGCCUGGCAGAGUACCUCAAGGCCUCCACCUGAUGGCCUCCCAGGGCCUCAGCCGAAGCUGCCAGAGAAGUGAAGCCUCCCUCCAGCUAGACUCUGGUGUGUCUACCAGCCAGUGUGUCCACCCAGACGCCUGGUUUGCUGCCAGCCCACCUCCCCUGCAGCUCUGUUGGUCCCUGUUUCUCAUGACUCCGCAGUAAAUAAACACACCCCGUUUGCCA